GUAUUUUACUCCCGCGAUCCCGGGACGUAGAUCUACGUCCUGGGCUGGUACGACUCGUAGCCGUACUCGUACAUGUACGAUGAUGCAAGCACUCGUGUGUAAAAAAGCCAAAAAUGUGUGUGAGAUUUUUCAGGUGACUUGAAACAAACAAAAUCAACAAUCUCACUUCUCAGCUCAGCAAGCUCAGUUUACAAGUGAAUUAGUUCGUGUGUUCUCUAUUUUGUAGUCUACGAGUGUCCUGAGAGACUGCUGCGUAGACUACCUGAGUCUGUUCACUAUCUGGAUUCUUGGAUUUGGGGAAUUUCGUUUAUCAGCACGGUCUCAGCGGUUUGCUUCCUUGUAAGUUGUAUUGCUGCUGCUGCUGAUUUGACCAGCAAAAUAUAGAACUCCAGCAGGUAAUGUCGGAUCCUGCGCAAGCCGUGGUGCUUGCCAAUCCGCGAGCCGAUGAGAAUGAAGCCGAUGGCUGGGUUACUUGCAUAGUAACUGAUGAGACUCCUCUAUCUUUGCAGAAGUUCACGAAAACAAUUCGAAAAACGACUACAGUGUCCGGUCUGUAUGAUGAAGUCACGACAUUGGGUGGCAUUGCGUCUGGAACGUUCCUGCUAUCCUACCUACGGAAGUCCGAUCAAGAGGCAUCUGAAACAGUCUUGGACGAUAAGUCCUCAACUCAGCUGUGGGAUAUUGUUUCCUCGACAAGCAAACGCUUCCUUGUCUCCAUAAAACCCAGAGAUGGCCAGGUGCCAGUUUUGUCCGAGACUGCUGUAAAGUCUGACGACAGUGGCGCAUUGAGGGAUGGUUCGUGGAAGGCCAUGUCAGAGAAUAACAAUACUACAAGUGGCAGUGCAGCCACACUGACACAGGUACCACCGCCGUCUUACAGCUCCGUUGCAAAUCGGGCUACAACACGCGGAGACCACGCCGGUCUGGUGAACCAGGCAAUGACGUGCUAUCUGAAUAGCGUACUCCAAACACAGUUCAUGACGCCAGAGUUUCGCAACGCUAUCUACAACUGGCAGUUUCUCGGUGGGCCCGAUGCCGCGGAGAAGAGCAUACCUUUUCAGCUGCAGAAGCUCUUUGCUACCAUGCAAACGUCGCAGAAGCGUGCCGUCAAGACUGUGGACGUCACGAAGAGUUUCGGCUGGACCAAUGCAGAUGCGUGGCAGCAACAUGACGUGCAAGAGCUGUGCCGAGUAAUGUUUGAUGCACUGGAGAAGAACUUCAAGGGAACGGCUCAGGAUCAGCUCAUCAAGCAACUUUACGAGGGAACUAUGCAGGACUAUGUCAAAUGUCUGAAGUGCCACUACGAAAGCACACGCUCAGACACCUACAUGGAUAUCUCGCUCGUUAUCAAGCCAUUCGGUUCCGCCAAGGCAUGCGGCAGCGUGGAGGAAGCAUUACGUGUACACGUCACGCCAGAAACCCUCAACGAGUCCAACCAAUACUUCUGUGAGAAGUGCAAUAGCAAGCAGGAUGCUCACAAAGGUCUCAAGUUUCUCACGUUCCCAUACCUGCUCACGUUGCAACUGAAGCGUUUUGAUUUUGACUACAAUACCAUGCACCGGAUCAAGUUGAACGAUCGCAUGACUUUCCCGUCCUCUCUAAACCUCAACGGUUUCAUUGCCAAGCAAGGUAACGAGUGUGAGGUUGUCCGUCGCCAGAGUAUUAGCCUUGGCACGCCAGUGGAUAGUGGCAAGCACUUCCCGCGGCGUCCCGAGACCUCCACGUCUGGUGCUGGUGCGGGCACACCAGCAGGCUUGUGUAGCGUUAGCGGUGAUGCUGCUGCUGCUGCCAACGAUGCUGCUGCCGCUGCCAGCACUGGUCCCUCUGCUUCUGUUGCUGCUGGCCCCGAUGUUGGUGCUGCUGCGGCUGCUGCUCCUGUGUAUGGCGAGGAGACUGGCGAUGAUGACGAACCCAACUAUACGUAUGAGCUGCUGUCCAUCAUGGUGCAUUCCGGCAGUGCUAUUGGGGGGCACUACUAUGCUUACAUUCGCUCUAUGGAAACUGGCAAGUGGUAUAGCUUCAAUGAUUCCAAUGUAUCGCCAAUCACAACCGACGACAUCAAGAAAACGUUUGGUGGCAGCACAUCGACGGGAACCACGUACACGAGCAUGUACAGCAGCUCAGCCAAUGCCUACAUGCUGAUCUACCGACGGAUGGACCCCAGUCGUAACACCAAAUUCAUGACAACUGAAGAGUUUCCGCCUCACAUCGCGCGUCUGGUGAAAGCAGUAGAAGAAGAGGAGGAGGAUGAGCGUCGACAGGUGGAGAUUGAGCGCUCUCAUUGUCGCAUUCCAGUCUUCUACCGGCCGACAGAAGAUGGCCAGGUUGUAAAGAAGAUGCUGGAGGCCAAGCAUGAUGUUCCCUUCAAAGAGGCCGUUGAUAUUGCGCGGCGACUUCAUGGUCUUGACAUCCCUGCUGAGCGAUGCCGUUUGGUGAAGUUUGACGAGAACUACGACUCCUGUGAGUGCUCAUACGAGGAUCGUGAUGAAGAGCAGCUGGGUCACAUUCUUGGCGGUAUUCGGCAGACCUAUCUCUUCGACUUGCUGCUUGAAACGCGAGCCGAAGAUGAGGAGUUUGAUGUAUAUCAGCCUAACAGCAGCACUUUGAAGGUACAAGAGGUUUACCUGGAGCAGAACUCAGUGUCCAAGUCUGUGCGUCGAGUGCGUGUUUCGCUAAGCUGGACAGUGGAGGAGGUGCUGAAGUACAUGGAGAAGAAGCUGGGCUUUCCCGCGGCUACCACCCGACUUGUCGUACAGAAGUAUGCUGCAGACCUAUCCAUGCUACAGCCUGGCCGCACCCUGAACAGUGAAGGCUUUUACCGGUCAGCCAUCGUGUACGCUGAACCUAGGUUUGGUUCAGACGCACCAGCUGUCUUCAAGUCCACCGAUCUCUACCAGGUACUCAAUCGUCAUGUGAAUACCGUCAAGUGGAGUGUCAUUCUCCCAGACUUGCCGUCAACGGAUGAAUCGGCAGAGAAUCAGCAAGAUGAUGUGCCGGAUGCCAGCAAGAAUGGGAGCACCCCAGCACCGUUGUCGCCCCGGGUCGUCUUUGUGGAGUUUGACCGUCGGCAUCUUGUAAGCGAGUUCAAACAGCAUCUUAAACAGUUUGUUGGCGGGACUGCAUCCAAUCAGUUCCGCUUGUUCAAGAUUCACGGCAGUGGUCAGGAGACGGAGAUGCGGCUUCAGGAUACAAUGAUGUACCACAGCGAGUUCCAGCUGCGUGUUGAAUACGGCCGUGCAGUUGGCGUGGAUGAGCAUCGUGUCAAUGUGUCUUUCUUUGACCCUACUGAUGAGGUCUACAUGAUCUCGCUUGGGGAGAUCAUUGUUGCCAAAGGCAUGAGCGUAGCACAGAUGAAAGACGAAGUUGUCAAGACCUGUCAAGAAAUUGCUAAGACGAGUCCAGUCGGUUCUGAUGACAAACGACACAAGCAUGCUGUGGCUGUUGUUGAUGCUCCCGUUGAGCAUCUACGUCUGCGCCGCAAGAACUACAAGGCUCCUUCUACGGUGCUGUGUGGUGAUCUGCUAGUGGGACGUGAGAUGGCUGUCUACUCCGGUUGGGAGGUUGCUAUCCAGCUCAUGGAUGCGCCAGACUUGUUCUCUGCCAACCAGACUGCAAUAUUUGUGCGUCGAUGGAAGCCAAGCUCUCACAUGUUUGGCCCGAUGCAGGAGAUCUCAGUGAGCAGCACUGCAGUAAAGGCGACCAAGGAGGUCCUUUCUCAGCUGAGUGAUAUACCCGUGGAGCAAGUGGAGAUUGCCAAGGCAGUUGGCUUCUUCCCAUUUCACUACUCGCCUCUGGAAAUGGAUGAGCUGAACUGGAAUCCGAAGGUGACCGCACUUGACCGCAUUCCUAUCAGUAUCAUGAAUGACGGCAACAUGCUAUACUAUCGUGAUGGCAAGGAGCAGCCUGAGGAGGUAACAACGGAGAGACGGGCCGAGAUUGAACGUCAAGAGCUGCUGCGUACAAAACAGCUAAAUCGAAGCACUGGUGCCGCGUCUUAUCGCAGAGAGCGCGCACUGAAGAUCAAGACAGACAGUGCCUAACAUUGUCUAGUUUAACUUUUGCACAGCCUGUGUGUGUGUGUGUGUGUGUGUGUGUGUGUGUGUGUGUGUGUGUGUGUGUGUGUGUGUGUGAGUGUGUGUGAGUGUCUCUCUCUUUCUCUCUCUCUCUUUCUCUCUCUCUCUCUCUCUCUCUCUCUCUCUCUCUCUCUCUCUCUCUCUCUCUCUCUCUCUCUCUCUCUCUCUCUCUCUCUCUCUCUCCUUUUUUGUGUGAAUGUUUUUUUCAACCUAACCUUUGUGGUUGCUUCCGUCCUCUUUCACAUCUUUCUUUUCUGUUUUGCAGUUACAUAUGUGCGCAGUUUGUCCUAUCUUGUCUGUUUUCUCUCGCCAUCUCCCUUUUUAUUUGACUUGAUACAUUGUUUCAGCCUCACUGGUAGGUCACCAGCAGCCUGACACUGCUUACUCCUGUCCAUACUUAUGAAGUAUAUUUUCAGCCUUUCCCGCCGUGGAAUUCCUGUGUUGUACAUUUAGCUGUUUUGCGUUUCUUGCUCUUUUGUCGAAUUAUGAACAAGUUUGACCGUGUGCUAGCUGGUCACUCCUAUGGUGCUACCACUACUACACUGUAUCUGUAUUUUUUAUAUUUUUGCUAGCAUCCUGCAUCAAACUUCGUGUAGCUGCAGUGAUUUCAAAUCUGUUUGCGGACUUGUGUCUGCUUUGUUUUUGUACUCUUGCUCGACCCUCAUUUUUAUUUUAUUUUCCAAUGGCAGUAGUAUGUGUACAUGUCAGUGCCUGAGCAUGAGUGCCAAAGAGUAUACUUUGCUCAGCUGAUGCAUGUUUGCCUAUUUCCAUCCUGGAUGGUGUAAUGCCAAUGUCCUCUCUA